AUGAAUGAUAGUAUAAGAUCCGAAGAAGAACCCAACGAUGAUAUAGCAUCGAAGCAAUGGGAUUUUAUUGAAACAAUAUCUAACAAUAAGGAUGGUAUAAAAGUAGUAAUAGCUGGAUUUAUUUGUAACUUUAUGACAUUUGGGAUAGGGUUUUCAUAUGGGGUUUUUCAAGAAUUCUAUACUUCUAAAGAUGGACCUUUGAAGCAUUAUUCAGAUUCAGAAGUUGCAAUAGUUGGGACCUUAGGUACAGCACUUACAUAUUUGUGUGGUAUUUUUAACAAGAGUAUUAUGUAUUAUUUGAAACCACGCAAUAUAAUGUUAAUUGGAAGCGUACUGAUGUCUCUUGGCUUAAUUCUUACGGGAUUUUGCAGCGAGCUUUAUCAAUUUGUUUUAGCACAAGGCUUGUUGUUUGGCGUAGGCUCAAGUCUUCUUUACUUACCACCAGUUGUAUGUGCACCAUUUUAUUUUAAUCGUCAUAGAGCAAUUGCCAUGGGAAUAUUAUUCAGUGGAACUGGGUUUGGGGGAUUAGCAAUGGCCAAUAUUAGUCGGUAUUUAAUUGAAAUUGUUGGCUGGCAAUGGUGUGUUAGAGCACUUGGCUUUAUGAAUUUAAUUUUAACGGUGAUUGCUAGCUUUUUGGUUGUGGAGCCUAAUGUUAGCAAUUUUAGAACUAACAACAAGCUAUUUAACCUUCGUCAGUUAGGUUCAUGGAAGGUAUUGCUUAUUAUUUUAGGCGGUCUUCUACAAUCAGCGGGAUAUUUAAUUCCAUUAAUUUAUAUGUCGAAAUAUGCAAGAACCUUAAAUUUCAGUUACAACCAAGGCGCCUUGUUUAUUGGUUUGAAUAAUGCUAUUAAUGCAUGCUUUAAAAUUCUUUUGGGAUAUGUCGGUGAUAAAUUUGGAAGAAUGAAUACAAUUAUUGUAUGUAGCAUUUUAAGCGCUAUUACCAUUUUUACACUAUGGAUGGUGCAAGCAAGAGAUGCUUACAUUUCAUUUGUUAUAUUCUAUGGCGUUUUUUCAGGUGUUAUAAUAUCGUUGCUACCAACAUGUCUUGUUGAAUUAUUCGGAGUGGUAAAUUAUCAAUCGAUGAGUGGUUUAAUGUAUUUCAGUAGAGGUGUCGGAAGUAUGCUAGGCUCCCCUUUAGCUGGUUUGAUGAUUACCAACCAAGGCCUCAAAGCAAGUGAUUAUAGGAACCCAAUUAUUUAUAAUGGAAUUCUAUUAUUAUCAAGCGCAGUUUGCCUAGUGGCAUUAAGGCUAAUCGUGGCAACGGAGAAGGGAAAAAUGUCUUGGAAAUUUUAG